CUGAUGGGGAGAAAGGGACACUGAGGCUGGACAGAAGUGAUAUAGGCGUAAGAGUGGAGGAGGAGCCAGAGAGCCACAACAACCCAGGCAUGAAUAUCUCUCAGAGCUUAGAGAGAAGAACCAGAGAGAGUCUGAGAGCAUGAGAAGACUUUGGCAGUGACAGAGGAGACAAGCUGACAGAGUGAAAGGCAGAGAAGAAGAGAGAGAGAAGUGUUAGACGAUACUCAGGACAGGACAGCCGGGGUUCAACUUGAGUAGCAGCAGUUGUGUUGUUUUCAUCUGUUGCAUAAUGUUCACUCAGUCUGUGCUCAUGCUUUCUUUUACAACUUUUACAACGUUUGUUUGUAUCUGAGUUCAGUGUCAGUGGUGAAGUCAUUAUGUCACAUUGGUUUUGCAUAUUUUUUGUGACUCUUUGGGCUCAGGCAGCUCUCAGCUUGAAUUCUGGGAGUACACAGUACCGCUACUUCCAUAGGAACUGCUACACCUGCUACAACAGAUACCACACAGGAUAUGUGGGGACAGAUGUCGAUGAGUGUCAGGUCCAUAACGGAGGCUGCCAGCACAGAUGCGUGAACACCAGAGGCUCCUACUAUUGUGAAUGCAACCCAGGCUUCCGUCUACACAUCGAUGGACGAACGUGUAUCGCUGUGCUGUCCUGUGCUGUCAGUAACGGAGGCUGUGGACAGGAGUGUGUACAGCUCUCUCCUGACCACUUCCAGUGUCGCUGCAGACAUAACUACCAGCUUACUGCUGAUGGCAAACGCUGCAAAUUAAGAAACCCAUGCGCUGAGAGGAACGGUGGCUGUAUGCACACAUGUCGAAAUGUUGGCCUUCGUGCCCGGUGUUUCUGCCACACGGGCUACAGCCUGGCUCAGGAUCACAGGAGCUGUGAAGACAUCGAUGAAUGUGAAACCGGACAAGCUGAAUGUGCUCAUGAUUGCAGAAACAGUCCAGGUUCCUUCUCCUGUAUCUGUAACCCUGGAUAUGAACUUGGAUCUGAUGGCCAGAAGUGCUACCGCAUCGAAAUGGAGAUAGUGAACAGUUGUGAGUCUGGGAACGGAGGCUGCUCACAUCAGUGCCAUCACGGAACCCUGGGACCUGUAUGUAGCUGUAACCAUGGUUACCAACUUGAUGAGGACCUCAGGACCUGUUCAGACUUGGAUGAAUGUCUAGGAGAGAGCUCGUGCUGUGAACAGAACUGCACCAACUAUCCUGGUGGUUAUGAAUGUUACUGCAGGGCAGGAUACAGACUCAACUCAGACGGAUGUGGAUGUGAUGAUGUAGAUGAGUGUGUGUCUGAUAAUGGAGGCUGUGAGCACGUGUGUCAGAACACAGCUGGGUCUUACCAGUGCUUCUGCCAUCUGGGACACCACUUGGCUGAUGACAGACACGCCUGCAUCCCUCUGGAGCAGACAGAAGAAACACGGUUUGUUGAAGCACUGUCUCGCCAUGUGGUGCUAGAGAACCCAUUUUCAGAGUUUACUCUGCUGCAGGACUUCCCUCAACCUCUCCAGCAUUAUGAUGAUUAUGAAGAGUACACUUUUGGAGAACUGCGGGCAGAUAACACUAUUAUUGAGAAAUUUGUGUGUCUGAACAACACAUUCGGUCAUGACUGCAGUCUAACGUGUGAAGACUGUUCUAAUGGUGGUGUGUGUACGGUAGAGCGUAGUGGCUGUGACUGCCCUGAUGGCUGGACCGGCAUUAUCUGCAACCAGACCUGUCCUGAGGGCACAUUUGGCAGAAACUGCUCCUUUACAUGUAAGUGUAGGAAUGGAGCUGCGUGUGAUCCUGUAAAAGGAUUUUGCCAUUGCCCACCAGGGGUCAGUGGAGACAUGUGCCAGAAUGGAUGUCCAAAAGGUUUCUAUGGCAAGUACUGCAAUAAAAAGUGCAACUGUGCAAAUAAUGGACGAUGCCAUCAGACCUAUGGUGCCUGUCUGUGUGAACCAGGCCUGUAUGGGAGGUUCUGCCAUCUCAGAUGUCCUAGAUGGUCAUAUGGACCUGGCUGUUCAGCUGAAUGCCAGUGUGUUCAACAAAAUACUCUCGAAUGCCACAGACGUUCUGGAAGCUGUGUGUGUAAACCUGGCUAUCAGGGCAAAACAUGCAGCAAAGAGUGUGAUAGUGGGUACCACGGUCCAGGAUGCAAUACAAAAUGCCGGUGUCCACCAGGAACUAACUGCCAUCACAUAAACGGAGAGUGUCAGCAACAGUGUCCAGCUGGAUGGCAUGGGAAGAACUGUGACCAAGAAUGUCCAGAAGGGAGGUUUGGUGCUGGCUGCUCUGAACACUGUGAUUGUAAUGGAGCAGAGUGUGAUUCUAUUACAGGACACUGCCACUGUCCAGUUGGCAAAACAGGAGACCACUGUGGUGAAGAGUGUGAGAAGGGCCGCUGGGGCCUGGCUUGUGCUGAAUCAUGUCCAGACUGUGUGAACGGAGGGGAGUGUGACAAGCAGAAUGGAACCUGUGUGUGUCCACCAGGAUACGUUGGAAGUCUGUGUCAGGCUGUCUGCCCAGACGGCUGGUUUGGUUUUGGCUGCCAGUUUCAGUGUCCUUGUGAGAACAGCAACCGCUGUGAUCCUGUCUCAGGCAUCUGUGUGUGUAACGAUGGUUGGACUGGAGCCAACUGUGAAAAGGUGUGUGAGCCCGGACUCUGGGGAUCCAACUGCCUCAAUGUGUGUAACUGUACAAGCAGCUCAGUGAACUGUGACCCAGCGUCGGGGCAGUGUCUCUGCGAGGCAGGUUACACCGGGACACACUGUGAACAAAAGUGUCCCACAGGUUAUUUUGGGCCAGGCUGUCGCCACCAGUGUCAAUGUGAGAAUGGAGCAGAGUGUGAGAAUGUGGGUGGAGCCUGCACCUGUCUGCCAGGCUGGAUUGGGACAUACUGUGAAAAAUCCUGUCCUGAAGGAUUCUAUGGUCUGGAGUGUCAACAAAAGUGUGAAUGCCUGAAUGGUGGUCAGUGUCACCAUGUGACCGGAGUGUGUUCGUGUCCAGCUGGCUGGCUUGGCCUCCACUGCACCUCCAAAUGCCAGGAUGGCACCUUUGGCCCUGGUUGUAAUAUGAGCUGUAACUGCUACAAUAACGCCAGCUGUGAUCAUGUUAACGGGCAGUGUCACUGCCAGCCAGGCUGGACGGGACCAACCUGUGAAGAAGAAUGCUUGGAUGGACUUUAUGGGGUGGACUGUCGCCAGCUAUGCAUUUGCCAGAAUGGUGGAUCAUGUGACAAGGUCAGCGGGCACUGCUUGUGUGCUAGUGGAUGGACAGGGAUAGAGUGUGAACUUGAGUGUGCUCCAGGUUUCUUUGGGGCUGAUUGUCAGCAUGCAUGUGAAUGUAAGAACGAUGGUGUGUGUGACCGCCAGGAUGGGAAAUGCACAUGUCCAGCAGGUUGGGUGGGCCAGACGUGUGAGACGGCUUGUGAAUCAGGGCAUUUUGGUCCUGGCUGUCAGAAACUGUGUCGAUGUGAACACGGAGCACCAUGUGAUCACAUAACUGGGGUCUGUCUGUGUCCACCAGGCUGGAGAGGGCUCCACUGUGAGAAAACAUGCUUACCUGGAUUUUAUGGGCAAAGAUGUUCUCAACGAUGUCUCUGUGCCCAUGGAACAUCCUGUAAUCAUGUGACUGGGGAGUGUGGCUGCCCUCCUGGUUUCACUGGACUGAGCUGUGAGCAGAAAUGUCAGCCUGGUACAUAUGGACAAAACUGCAAUCAGGUGUGUCAGUGUUCUGAGGCUAAUCACCUGUGUCAUCCUGUCACUGGACUGUGUUACUGUGCACCGGGAUUCCGUGGUGAAAAGUGUGAUAUAGAAUGUGAAGAUGGAAGUUAUGGUCCAAACUGUGAGCAUGAAUGCAAGUGUCUGAAUGAGGGUGUGUGCCAGCCUACCACAGGUACAUGUGUCUGCCGUCCAGGAUACAUCGGAGCUAACUGCAAUAUCACAUGUCCAUCUGGCUGGUAUGGACAGGACUGUGAGCAGGUAGCUCUGUGUGGAGAAGGAGCCAGGAGUGAUCCUGUCACUGGCCGCUGUGUGUGUACCUUCAGUCAUCAUGGAGAAGACUGUGGAGAAGGUUGUGCACAGGGCUGGUUUGGAGAAGACUGCUCUCAGCGCUGUAACUGCAGUAAUGGUGCACUGUGUGAUCCUGUAACAGGAAACUGCACCUGUGGCCUGGGCUGGACUGGGGAUAACUGUGAUGCAGAGUGUCCAAGAGGCAGGUACGGUGCUAACUGCCACCAGCAGUGUGACUGCAGGAACAAUGGUAUCUGUGACCGAGUGACAGGAGAGUGCCAGUGUACUCCAGGAUUCUACGGGCAUCUCUGCCAACAUGCUUGUCCUCCUGGAUUCCAUGGCCACCGUUGCCAACUUGCAUGUAACUGCCAUGGCAAGGCCCAGUGUGAUGCCAGGACAGGUCAGUGUCUCUGUCCUCCAGGUUAUCAAGGGGAUCACUGUGAGAAAGAGUGUGAGCAAGGCAGUUUUGGACCUGACUGUGGUCAAGUAUGUGACUGUGAUGGAGAGACACCCUGUGACACCGUGACUGGAAAGUGCCUGUGUGGACCGGGAAAGAUGGGAAGCCGCUGUGAAACAACCUGUACACUGAAUCACUAUGGACCAAGAUGUUCAGAAGCCUGCAAGUGUGGAAAUGGAGCUCAGUGCAAUCCACGGAAUGGACAAUGCACUUGUCUGAAUGGCUGGAUCGGACCAAACUGCCUAGAAGCAUCCUGACAUCCGGUCAUCAGCACUACAGAGGGAAGAGGAAGAAUGAGCCACAGCACAGUGCUCCAGUAUGACAACCACAACUCAUGUCCUGUAUCUUAACGCUAAUGAAGGCUUUAACAAGCCAAACUCAACAAAUGCACUAUGAAUCUGUCUCCAGAACAGAAAUUAGAACUUUUUUGCAUACCUGAUCAAACUUGAUAUUAAAAAUGGUAAAUAUUUGCAUAUAAUAUUUGUAUGAAUAUUUGCAUAAAAGAAAGAUGCACAUAGACAUGAAACUUUAUUAAGGACUCACUGGGAAGAUGAUGAACAGGAAACAGUGGCUCAUGAACCAUCUGAAACUUCAGUACAAAGCUUUAUAUGUAUGAAUGUGUUUAUAUACAGUAUUUGUAUAAUUAUGAAAAUGUUUUUUAAUAUCAUUUGUAUUUACAUUGAUAUCACCAGAACAUUUCAAUUCGAUUUCUUUGAUUCUUAUUUUCUCAUUUACACAGGACACUGCAAUGUAAAUAAAUAUAUGGCAGUGAGAUUCAGUUAGACAUUGCAAUUUUUAUACCAAAACUAUAUAGGUAUAUACACGCCGAUUUAAUACUCUUUUGAUUACAUUUGAAAAAUGAUAUUUUGUCAAAGAAUGUAUUUUUUUACACAUCUGUUCAAUGCAAUCAUUGUAAAUUGUGCUUUGGAUCUAUAGUCUGAAAAUGCCUUACAUAAAAAGUGAACCACACGACUGUUGUCUGCUAAAUAAAACAAUCUAGAGAAAUUCUUACAAACACUGACUGCUUUUAACCCUCAGAACCAAUCAUCCGAAUUCAGGUCUUUUCUAAAUGAGAGAGAUUCUUCUCUUAAGGAUCUCUUCUGAACCCAACUGUUUAACACACAUUUACAUUUCCAGCCUUGCUCAGGGCCCCAGCAGUAGCAGCUUGGUGAACCUGGGAUUUGAACUCACAACCUUCGGAUCAGUAGUCCAACCACAUAACCACUAAGCUACCAUCUCCCCAUACAAGACGAGGCAUUGAAAUCCUGUAUUGAUUGCAGUGUUAGAAAUCUCUACAUCUAAUAAAGGAACUUAAAAAUGCUCAGAAAUAGCAUUCUAAGGUUUAAGUUGUAUUCAGUAAUCUGUCCGUCUGUCUGUCCGUCC